UUAUAAAUAUAUUUAUAAAUCAGCACCAAUUUCUCUCUUCUUGGCUAGGGUUUUGGGUGUUGGUGACUUGCAGCCGCAGCCGCAGCCGAAGCCGAAGCCGGAUUGACUGCUGGAGCGUCGAGAUGGGGAGAAGACCGGCCAGGUGCUAUCGUCAAAUCAAGAACAAGCCAUACCCAAAGUCGCGGUACUGUCGUGGUGUGCCUGAUCCUAAGAUCAGGAUUUAUGACGUUGGAAUGAAGAAAAAGGGUGUUGAUGAGUUCCCCUUCUGUGUGCAUUUGGUCAGUUGGGAGAAGGAAAAUGUCUCGAGCGAGGCACUUGAAGCUGCCCGCAUUGCUUGCAACAAAUACAUGGCUAAAUUUGCUGGAAAGGAUGCGUUCCAUUUGAGGGUCAGGGUGCAUCCAUUCCAUGUCCUGCGUAUCAACAAGAUGUUGUCUUGCGCUGGGGCUGAUAGGCUCCAGACUGGCAUGCGAGGAGCCUUCGGUAAGCCUCAGGGCACCUGUGCUCGUGUUGCCAUUGGUCAGGUCCUGUUAUCUGUGCGCUGCAAGGAUGGCAACAGUCAUCAUGCCCAGGAGGCUUUGCGCCGAGCAAAAUUCAAGUUUCCUGGACGCCAAAAGAUCAUUGUCAGCAGGAAAUGGGGAUUCACCAAAUUCAGCCGCACUGAUUUCGUGAAAUGGAAGUCUGAGAAUAGGAUUCUUUCCGAUGGAGUGAAUGCAAAGCUUCUUGGAUGCCAUGGACCUCUGGCCAACAGGAAACCGGGAAGAGCAUUCUUAACAACUGCGGUAGGGUCGAAAUGAUGGACACAUGGGAUGCAUUUGCUUUCUUUUUACUAAUUCCAAUUCGACAUUUCCGUUGAAUACUAUGUUUGAAACUUCUGUUAAAGAGCUGCCUUGAGAUGUUUUAUGGUUUUGGAUUUCAGUUUCAGUGAAGUUGUUUUCAAAACUUUAUUUGGUUGAGUCAGGUUAAUGGUAAAUUGGUGUAGUCGAUUAUAAUGCUGCAUUCCAAACGACUUGUUCACAA